AUGCGGAGGCAGUUGUAUUGGACUAAAGAAACUAUCAUAGAUCUUGAGGAAAGUGCUGCAAUCGUAGAGGAGUUAGAUGAGAAGAUAAAAGAGAAAAUAGAAAGAUUGCCGGCCACAAUUCGAGAAGAAAAGAUGGUAGAAUACAGAAAAUGGGUAAAGGAGGCAGCAGUUAAAAAUAUUUUGGAGGCGGCAACUACCCAUUUAGGCAAUUGGAAACAACAUCGAGUUAGACUGGCUCAGAGACUCGAUUUGCCGAUAGAUUUAGAAGAAUCGAUGAAUGAGUCGCAAACGUCGAAUAGAACUGAAAUGAAGAGACUUCAGAGGCCACAAAUCCAAUUGCGCCGCUUUGACGGCAGCAUUGAAAAUUGGUGCUCGUUCUGGGAAACUUUCCGUGUCUUAAUACACGACGACAACGCGUUGAGCCAUGUUGAGAAGUUUAAUAUUUUAGAAUCGAUUUUGGAUAAUGAAGCAAAAGACCUGGUAGGAGGUCUUCAAAUGACAAAUGAAGGCUACAAUACAGCAAUCGAUCUUUUGUUAUCGAAAUUUGGGAGUGAAAAGAAGCUAAUACGGUCACUGAACCACGAAUUAUUGAAUUUACCUAACAGUGAAAGCAGUUGA